AUGACUAAUCUAUUAGUGACCAAAACAUUUUUACUUCUAGCAGCUAUCAUUGAUCCUGGUUUCGGCCGCCCCACCAGACCUAAUACUAACCCUGGUUUUGGUCGCCCUACUAACCCUAAUAUUAACCCUGGUUUCGGCCGUCCUAGCAGACCUAAUAUUGACCCUGGUUUCGGCCGUCCUACUUACCCUAAUAUUGACCCUGGUUUCGACCCUCCUAGCAGACCUAAUAUUGGACCGGGUUUCGUUCGCCCUACUAACCCUAAUAAUAAUAUUGACCCUGGUUUCGGCCGUCCUACUAACCCUAAUAUCGACCCUGGUUUCGGCCGUCCUACCAGACCUAUCACUGACCCUGGUCUCGGCCGUCCAACCAGACCUGGCCAAGGCUACCAACCUAUUAAUACUCAACCAGAAUUUAUUCAGCCCUUCCCUUAUGCGUCCAACAACCCUUUGGGUCGCGGAGGUCGAUGAGCUAUUUAAUAAAUUCACCUAUUUUGUUGUUAUAGCAAAAAAUAAAAUUGAAAAAAAUCAUGUUUAUGUAUAAUUUAUUUUGAUUAAAUGUUACAAUACAU